CCUCGGCGUGCCUGAUUCGACCAAUGUGGAGGCCUGUGCUGUGUCUGGGCAAGGCUUAAUAAAACCAAGAAAGACCAAGUCCGAACGACGCCACUUUCUGCUCCAUUAUGAUGUUAAUAAAUCGCCCUUAGUUGCUGACUGAUGCGGCGGCAGUAGGCGACGGGAACGUCUACCCUUAUAGUACCGCGGAACCACCCACUUUUUCACACAAGGAAGGUAGCAAGAACAACGAUGGAAUGUAGAUAUUGCCGAAAGACAUUCUCCAAGGGAGAGCAUUUGAGGAGACAUGAACGCUGCCAUACUGGAUCUCGCCCCUUCGUUUGCGCCGACUGCAAAAGACCCUUUGCGCGGCAGGAUGCCUUGAUUCGCCACGAGAGACUGCACACGCGCAAGGAAGGCGCAGAAUAUGCCUCCCCUGCCUCAAGCGCUGCCACUCAGGCGCCGGCGGUGCCGACAUCUAUGUCUCAAAUCGUCAACACCGGUGUUAGGAGAACUGCGCCCAGUGCUGAGGUUGGAACGCCAGAGCAAACGUGGAUGGAGCAGCAGUCCAUGAACUCGGAUGUGCCAGAUAUGCUCCAGGCCCCCGACAUCGGAUCGGAUCUGAUAUGGCCCGAUUCGGAAACGUUAUUUCAGACAAUCAUGUCGAUGGAUUCGACGAACCAGUGGCAGAUGCCUCUGGGUACGCUGCCAUUCUUGCCUGGUGUUCAGCAGGCGGGUAGCGAUAUCUGUGACAGCCAGAGCAACAACUUCAAAUCUCCGGACUCAUUUGACGACCGCGGGCCGGCUAUUAGUGCUAUCCCAUCCGGAGGAAGCCAUCGUGCUGUGCACGAUGUUAGUAAAAUGGUCUCCAACUUAUCUUCAAGUGUGACAGCGGCAAUAGAAGCUACUUCUAUCACUUCUGUUUUCCUAGACGAAUGUCUGCAUAUGUUUUUCGUCCGUUUCAUCCCCACAUUCCCCGUCUUGCACCGCGCAACAUUUGUAUUCCGAGAGAGUACGCAGCCAUUACUACUCAAUGCUAUGGCAAUUGGCUCCUUAUAUCUUGGCCCUAAAGAUUCGAUUGCGAAGGGCGAGGCCUUAUGGCGGCUGGCACAUAUUGCUGUUGCUACCAACUGGGAAACAUUAAUUACACACCGUGGACCAUAUGACUCCUGUAAAGGGGUUCAGCUUGUUCUGACCGCAUUAUUGGGGCAAGUGUAUGGUGCAUUAUCAAAGAACAGGGACGUCCGAACCACGAGCCAGGCAUUCCAUGCAAUUGGCUUCUUUUGGGCCAGACACUGCGGAAUGUUUGAUAACCCCCCAUACCCAACAACCAACCUACCACCGCUCAAUGCGCCAGAGGCGACGAUAGACCAAGAAUGGAGGAUAUGGACAGCCAGAGAGAUCCAACAACGAGCGCUACUGGGCCAUUACGUGCUCGAUGGCCUCACAGCUCGCAUGUCUGGAAGGCCAACUUCGGUUCGCCACGCCGCCAAUUCCCUAAAUAUUCCCAGCGGCGAAGCAGCUUUCGAAGCGAGCACAGGCGUAGCCUGGCUGAACUGCAUGCGCUCUGAAAACCCAAACCCACCAACAUUCCGAAGCAUAUUCUCCUCGCUCUUCUCCCUCCAAUCGCCGCCCCCCACAACCCUUACAUUCUCCGCCUUCUCCUUCCGCGUUAUCCUGGAAGGUCUCCAAUCCCUCGUCUCCGACUGCGCCGAUGACCAUGCCACCGUCGGCGUUCCCGCCAAACCUGAAGUUCGCAACGCCCUCCUUCAGGUCUACACCUGGAUCACAGCAAGCACACACCUCCCCAGCGCUGACACCCUGGAGAUCUUGCUCCAAUGGCACACUACCUGCCUCAACGCAUGCAUUGACUCCUCUCUCCUAUGCCGACACAUCUGCGCACGCUACUCCAUUCCGCAGCACGUCUGGGGUGGUAGUCAAGCUGCCAUCCCUGGCCUCGAUCUCGUCAAGUGGGCGAACUCAGAAGAUUCCCGUACGGCGCUUUUGCACGCCAUCGCGAUCCAAGAGAUGGUUGAGCAGCUUCCGAGGGGACGGGCGCAUGUAAUUCACAUCCCUAGCUGUCUGUUUUCAGCAGCGACGAUAUUUAGUGUUUUUGCGCUGGCGGGGAUUGCGCAGGUGAACCUGCCGAGCGUGGUGGAUUGGAAGUACCUUGUGUCACGAGCUGAUGAUGCAUCGGUGGCGAUGACAGCAUUGGCGGAGGCGAGUGUGAGUUCGGAGACGAAGAGGUUUGUGAUGGGGGAGCAUCCGUCGAUGUUUGGGGUGGGAGGGGCGACGAGGAAUUUGAUGUAUGAGUUGAAUUCGAUGCAGAAGCUGUUUAGAUGCUUGACAUCGCAAUGGGGGAUUUCGAUUGAUAUGGAGGUUGUUAUGGAUCAGUGGAUUGCGCUUUGUCAUUGAGUAGGUUCUGGAAUAAUCAUGGCUGA